AUGGUGGAGAGGCCACCGCCGGGUCCCCCGGUGACUUUUUGCCAGGACUCCCUGAAGCACGUCCUGGUUUCCGUUAUCAAAACCACUGUAAUCAAACCGCUCUCCUGAGGGAGAGGUGAGGAGCCAGCAUUCCCCCUGCCCGUCCCCAUCAGCCCUGCCUUCAGACACUUCAUGGUUUACCCCUGGCGCUGGGGGGAGAACGCCCAUGAUGUGACCUUUAGCCUGGGUGGCUCCGCUGCCUCUUCAUUUGUCCAACAGCCCCAUGGGGGGCCAGCCAGAGCCUGCAGCAGGGAUGAAGAGGAGGCGGGUAGCCCAGGAAGCAGUAGCAGUGGCAGCCACCUCAAGGUGAGUGAUGGGAUAAGACGUGGCCGACUAAGGGCAGACACAGUUCGUGACCUAAUAAAUGAAGGAGAGCAUUCUUCUAGCAGAAUACGUUGCAAUAUCUGCAACGGGGUGUUUCCACAAGAGAAAUCACUACAGGCACACAAACGAACUCAUACCGGGUAA